CCUAAAUAAACUUAACACACGCUAGAAACUCUACUCUGGAGCAUGAAUUUAGAUAUAACUUUAGCUUAGAGGCACACUAUGAUUCAUAAUACUCUGCUUGGAGUCACACAGUUCUAACUCAGAAAUUCACAAUCCUUUACUUUGAAACACACAUGGCCGACUUGGCAUUUCUAUGAAACAAAACUAGAAGGAGCACUAGAAGUGUCCGUGGUGAAGCCACGGGGCUGUUGUGGAUUGAAUGGAGAACCCAACACUGGGAAAUCUGGGUGAGGGGAGAUGAUUAUUCUGAGCGCUGGGCAGGAAGGCAGGCAGGCACGGAGAAACUGUAAACAGACCAGCGCUGAAAUCCUAACAGGUGACGGCAGCGGCUUGACAACGUCCGGAGGUCCUCUGAGAGUGGAGAAACUGUGAAAGCCCUGACUGACAAAGGUUUGCAGACGAUCUGGCGAGGUGUGAGUCUGAGCACUGGUCUUAAGAAGCCGGCAAUUCCAAUUAUGCUCAGGUGCAGCCUGUCAGCAUGCUGUGGCGGCUCUGCCUAGGGGUGGAAAUGCCGGCCCUGUGGGAAGGCCCAGCACUCACCCGGACCAUGACACAGUCAUCCUGUCUGUCAGUUGGAAUAACCAACAGAAGUCACUGAGCUUAAGCCAUGGAUAUACUAUAUGUUUUUCUCCAGGGGAUUUAUUCAAUUGUUUUGUGUCUGACAGUCCUUCUAUUGAUCCACUGCCUUUUCUCUAACAUAACCCAAAAGGAUGGAAAGAAGCCUCCAGGACCCACACCACUUCCCAUUUUUGGGAACUUCCUGCAGCUGUACCUGAAGAAAAUACAUGUCACGUUACUGGAGCUAUCCAAACAAUUUGGAUCUAUUUUCACCAUCUAUCUGGGGACCAAAAAAGUGGUGGUCCUGGUAGGAUACAACGCAGUAAAGGAGGCACUUGUUGACUAUGCUGAAGUGUUUGGAGAAAGGGAUCCGACACCAAUUAUCGAUGAGCAUUUUCAAGGACAUGGUAUUGUGUGGGCUAAUGAUGACACAUGGAAAGAGAUGAGGCGCUUUUCAAUGAUCAACCUGAAGGACUUUGGAAUGGGAAAGAAAGAAUUUGAGGACAAAAUCAUUGAGGAGUGUCAUUACCUUAUGGAAGCUUUUAAACAGUUCAAAGGAGAAUUUGAUGUCAACCAAUCAUUAAACAACGCAACUGCCAAUAUUAUCUGCUCCUUGAUCUAUGGCAACAGAUUUGAUUACAAUGACCUGGAGUUUACAUCUUUGGUACAUCGUACAUGCAGAAACACCACACUUUUGAGGGCCCCAUCUGUCCAGCUUUAUAACAUGGUCCCGUGGAUUGGCAAAUGGUUCUCUUACCCAAAUGAAUUCAAAAAAGCAUUUGCAGCCAAUAGGGAACAACAGAGGAAAUUGGUGAGUCAUUUGAAAGAAACUCUCGAUCCAAAGAUGUGCAGAGGAUUUGUGGAUGCCUUUCUGAUUCACCAAGACAAUUUGGAGAAAUCUGGAAUUACCACCAGUCAUUUCCACAAUGAAAACCUCUUGAUAACAAUAAUGAAUUUAUUUGUUGCUGGCACUGAAACAUCAGCACGCACAGUCACAUGGGGACUUUUUCUUAUGGCCAAGUAUCCAAAGAUACAGGAGAAGGUCCGGGAGGAGCUAAGUAGUGUAGUGGGAAAUCGUCAGGUUCAGUUUAAAGACAGGACAGAGCUGCCUUUCACCAAUGCUGUCAUCCAUGAGACACAGAGGCUAACAGCUGUUGCUGCCCUGGGGCUUCCUCACAGAACUUCACAGGACAUUACCUUUAGAGGUCACUUCAUUAGGAAGGGGACAGCUGUGUAUCCUUUCCUGUUUUCUGUUCUGUCUGAUGAGAGUGAAUGGGAGAAACCGUACACUUUUUAUCCGGAACACUUCCUGGACAAAGAUGGAAAGUUUAUCCAGCGUGAUGCCUUCAUGGUUUUUUCUGCAGGUCGCAGGGUUUGUCCCGGAGCAAAUCUGGCCAGAACGGAAGUCUUCAUCUUCUUCACCACCCUUCUGCAGCGCUUCCGAAUUACUUUUCCACCUGGAGUUUCAGAGGAUGAACUGCUUCUAUCACCAUCUGAUAGUCUCAUCCUUAACCCUUCAAAUGUUAAACUGUGUGCUGUCCCCUUGUGAGACACAGUGGGCUGAUGUAAUUAAUUCUAAACAAGAAAUAUUUUAUAUAAAACAAGCUGUUAAUGAAAUAGGUAGAAGGGGUGGUGUUUCUUUGAUUCUUCUUUAAGCAAGCAAAAUCAGUUUGAGACUCCGAAAGAAACCUUCAGCACCACGAGGAGCUUUGUAAGGAUAUUUUUGAUUCAUGUCAAUUAGCUUGAAUAAAAAUGUACACUUAAACACAAGAAAACGAAUCGAUGAGUGAGUGGAAAGACAAAUUGAUCUGUGAACUAAUGAUAAUCAAUUAUAAUCUUCAUCUUUAGGAGCUGGUUAAAGCAGAGAUAAAUGUAGAAUGCAGCUGAAAUAAAGCAAAAUGUAACUAACAAAGUGUGCAGGUCAGUACAUAAAAGGUGUGGUUUGCCACUGUUAAAGUAUUUCUGUAUCAACCAACAACCAAAUAUAUCUUUAACUUCAA